AUUCAGUAUUCAUAACAUAUUUAUCAAUAUAUCCGGGGGCGUCAGACGGCAAAACUGCAUGAUCUUUUUUUUUUCUCAAAAUGCUGAGGGGUCACUAAAAAGAAUACAAAUUUCAGUUUAAAAAAAUCCCCAGAUACAACCACAAACAUGAACAACAAGGGUUGAGAAGUGUGUUUACAAACAAUAAUGAAAAAUGAAGGAAUUUGCUCUUAAUUGCAGAUUUUUGCAAAAUAUAUACAUACCAGCUGCAUUAGCAUGGAAAAUUUCCCUGCCAAAGAACCUCAUGCGGGGUCUUUACCAAACGGUGAAGUGAAACAGCAAAUUCGAGCUGUAAUGUAGCAGUUAGGAAGUGGUGGGAGUGACUGGCGAUUUCUAUCAAUAAAAACAAACUCUUUGUAAAUGUCAGUGGUUUUUGUGGUUUAGCCUAAAUAUGCUAACUGCGCAGUGCAACCUUUUAACAAUCCGUAAACCUUAACCAGCAUGUGUGCACGUCAAGUGGGUGUGUGUGUUACAGGAGGAUAAAGCCCAGAGAAAAUAAGACAGACACAGACAGAGAGAGUGGGCAGAGGAAGCAUGAAGUGAGUCAAAGUGAGAAAUCCUCUUCGCCACACAACAAAUCAUGCGUAGGCUUUCUCAUGACUGGGGGUUCACCUGCUGAGGCCUUGCAAAAUCCAUCACAGGAACCAAAGCUGCUGGGGCAGCCGUGGAGCACAACUGCUCUUCCUCUUACAACACAAGACACCAGAGAAAAAGGCUGGCUUUUUCUGCAGCUGGUUGGAUGCUCUCAUCAAAAGCAGUUGUACAGUUUGGCUUCACACUCAUUGAGCAUGAAACCUCUUAAUUCACAUCUUGCCAUUGAUGUGAGAAAAGCAGGAGGUGAGAAGCAGCAGGAGGAAUCCAGGUCGAGGCUGCCAUCGGGUUGCGUAUAUGAUGUUUUUUGCAAAGCCUUUGAUUGUGCUGGAUGGUGCGUGUGUGAGUCCCACUAGUCUAAAACAACAGCUUCCCGCCCUCACUACACUGGGCGCAACGCCAGAGCCAUCCGGCAGUCAUACGCCUACCAUCAGCUGAGGAGUUGCACAGCAGUCCCAUCUCUAAUUAUACACAGAAGCAGGGAGAGCUGCAGAGUGAAGGAGAGCCUAAGUGGAACAUGGACUGAAGAAGAGGACAACAAAUGGAGAAGAGGCUGAGAGCGCCACUCAGCAGCAGUUCAGAUGUGAGGAGCAGAAAGAGAAAGCCAGAAAAGGCAAAUCUGUCCGACAAAGGUUAACAGGGCUGACUGACUGACUGACUGACUGACUGACUGACUGACUGACUGACUGACUGACUGACUGAGCAGAGUGGGAGUGUUUAAUGUAAAAGCGAGUAGGAGGUAAGAGAGAGAAGGAGAGCAGAACACAAGAGAGGAGAGAAGGAGGAGUGCGAGUCUGGUGAGCUUGUCUGGGUGCUUGUGCACUUUCUGCUUUCUCGUCUGCAGCUUGCGAAGGACGCCACGAACCAGACAGGUGUGUGUGAGGUGUCUGUCCUCCUUCUGCAAGCAUUCGUGGACUUACUGCAUGAGGAUGGAUGUGCAUUGAGAUCCAGAAAACUGAAACAAAUCAUGGUGACCUUGCAUGUGCGACAGUUGCCAAGAGACUAAUGGCGUCUCCACCACAUGAUGUCAACACCAUCUGCGCUUCAGCAGGAGGUCAAGCAGUGCUGGUGUGAGUGACAGCCGCCUUGAGGCAAUGAGCUUUGCAAAGAACCCGACUCUGGUCCUGGACAAAGACAGCCUCCCGUUAAAAAAGAGAGACCAAAGGCUGGGUUCAAAGCUCCACCAGCAGCAGCAGCAGCAGUGCGAGGCUGCAAAUUUCAAAGUGCCAUACCCUCACAGAAGCCACGGAGAGGUAAAGAUGAAACCCACUGGCCCAUUCCGGCCUGUACCAAGACGGGUCCCGGCGCUGCACCAGCCCUGGAUGCAGAUGAAUGCACCUGCCAGUCACAAACAUCUCAUCCCUUCAGCCUUCAGGGAGCAUCACGGUUUAGCUGAGUGGAGAGACUUCAGCGCUUUGCCCCCUGGAUGGGAUUUUCCCCGGCAGAACCAGCACCAAGGACACCUGUCUUUCCAGCCGAGCCAUCCACUCCACUCCUGCAGAUUCAGCUCUGUCUCUCUGGUCAGUGAUGGCUUCCACAGAGCAGGUGGAAGCUGGGAGAAGCUCAGGUCUUCAGGAAAUUUGAGUUUUAAUCUGGAGAAGCACAGCUAUGACAAACACAAAGGUCCGUAUGUGAGAAAAGGAGACAGAAAAUUUGAUUUUUUGCCCAAAGCAGAAAAAAGAAGUCCUCCUCUGCUGAGCAGGAGCGUACCUCCUCAUGAGGAUUUAACCUUGCAGCAGGACUCAGUGCACAAAUCUGCAAAAGCUCUUUCUCAUCCCCAACUCUCUUUGAGGAGCCUCUCCCUUCACAAAGUAAACAGGUCAUACACCGCCAUGACAGAAUCACCGCCUGCUGAUGUCCCUCCUCCGAAGCAGUCCUCGCCCUGCGCCUCCUCCACGAGACGUUUCCCCUGGCUGCUCCCUCACUUCAUGGCAGGAUCCCUGAUCGAGCUCAGGGACGGUCGGCUCAGGAGGGUGGAGCACCUGCAAACGGAGGACUUCCUGCUCGGCUCUCUGGCCUGUCCAGAUCUGCGGCUGAGCUGCUGCACUGUGCAAAGCAUCUCCCCUCCUGCCUCCUCCGCCUCCUCAGUUUCCCGCCUCCUCAUCCUGCUUCACGAGCAGCAGUCCCAGGAGUUGGUGGAUGUGUAUGUGGAGUACCCGUUCUUCGUCCGUGGACAGGGCUGGUCAUCCUGCAGCCCUCAGAGGACUGCUCGUCUCUGUGGCCUACAGUGCCGCCAGCUCAGCGUGGGGGAUGUGUGCCUGGCUCUCACGCCCGUCUCACCUGCUCUGUCAGCCUCUGUGGAGCCAAAAGCUUCACCCACGAGCAGAAAAUGUAUACCUCUGGGGGCACAAACUACCCAGCUCUCAAAGGAGCCGAUGAUGAGACCAGAGGCGAGACGCAGGAGACACUAUUCAGCCCCCUAAGUGGAGUAAAGCCGGUGUCAUGCACAAAGUGAGGAGAGUGAUGGUCGGGGGCCUCAUGGGUCUCGGCCAGCGUGUGUUGUCCUUCUACCUCCUGGAACACGUUUCUGUGCUUGACCUGUUGUUUUUCUUUCAACAAAAGUGUCAGUGGGUGACAUUUAAGUGAACUCUGCAGGUGAACUUACGUUUCCGAUGUCAUUUUUUUAGCAAAAGCAUAGCGGGGUUCACUCCUAUGAUCAAACACAGAUCAGAGCACAGGCCAUGAGAAACAAAGCAGUGAGAAAACGCACACCCAACCCAUAAAAAAACCACCACGCAGUGCAGUUUUUAUUGGCAUUUGUGCAAAAACCUGUUUAAAACAGAGCUCAUCAUUUCUUGGAGUUCUAAAUCUAUCCAUCGACAUUCCUUUAAAAGCACUUGAAAGCACCGCCUCAGGUUUCGCCACUGCUUUUUAACUUUAUCUCUUUUCUGCCUUAAGGGCAAAAGUUCCACGUAGAUGUUAGAAGUUGUUGAAGGAAUUGAUUGUAUGGUAAGCUGUAUUUGUGUGCUUCUACCUCUAUUUAUGUGUGAUUAUUUCAUAUUGUGAGCUGUGAUUUAAUGUGGCAAUCACAAAGCUUCUAAGUGAAUGCCUGGAUUUUUCCUCAUUAUUAUAUGCAAAUAAUAUGUUUUGUUUUGUUUGUUUUUUUACUAAGAAAAUGCAUGUUUCGAUGUAAGACAGAGUAGAGAUCCUCCCAAUAACAGAUCACAAGCAUUGAUCGCUCUUAAUGUGCCGUCGAUUAUGAUGUCGCCAAGAACACCGCACUGAAAGAGGACAGCAAGGAUGCAAUGAAAAAGGAAUUCUAAAUGACUGAAACAAGUGCAGCACAUACAUUAUUUGAUGUACAUGAUCCUUAAAGGAGCAGCAAACUUUC